CCCAAGCUCCCCGCAGCCGCCAUCGCGCCCCGCGGACGCUGAGGGAGGAGCAGCGAUUCCCCCCCCCCACACCCCCCUUUCCCCCCUCCCUCACACCGCUUCCCCCCUUCCCUCCCCUCCGCCGAUUCCAGAAGAGCUCGGUCCCCCCGCCACCUUCUUGCUGACAGAAUCUGAACCCAACCCUUUCUGCUCCACACAGAGCAGCAAAAAUGCGCCCCAUGCGGAUUUUUGUCAACGACGACCGCCACGUGAUGGCCAAGCACUCAGCUGUCUACCCCACCCAGGAGGAGCUGGAGGCUGUGCAGAACAUGGUGUCCCACACAGAGAGGGCCCUCAAAGCUGUCUCUGACUGGAUUGAUGAGCAGGAGAAAGUCAGUGGGGAGCAGCCCGAAACAGAGUCCAUGGAGACGGCGGCCGAGGAGGAGAACAAGGAAGGAGGGGAUCAGAAGGCCACGGAGCAGCUGACCCGCACCCUGCGGGGGGUGAUGCGUGUGGGGCUGGUGGCCAAAGGCCUCCUGCUCAAAGGGGACUUGGACCUGGAGCUGGUUCUUCUCUGCAAGGACAAACCCACCUCAGAUCUCCUGGAGAAGGUGGCUGACAACCUGGGAGUCCAGCUGGCUGCAAUCACUGAGGAUAAAUAUGAGAUAAUCCAAUCGGUGGGCGACGCCGCCAUCGUCAUCAAGAACACGAAGGAGCCACCCCUGACGCUCACCAUCCACCUGACAUCCCCCGUGGUCAGGGAGGAGCUGGAGAAGCAGUUGUCUGGAGAAACGCAAUCAGGCACCGACUCCCCGGACGUUCUGGACAGGCAGAAAUGCCUUGCUGCCUUGGCGUCACUGCGGCACGCCAAGUGGUUCCAGGCCAGGGCCAACGGGCUGAAGUCGUGUGUCAUCGUCAUCCGGGUGCUGCGGGAUCUCUGCACUCGAGUUCCCACCUGGGCCCCACUGAGAGGAUGGCCCCUGGAGCUGCUCUGUGAGAAAUCCAUCGGCACCGCCAACCGCCCGAUGGGUGCAGGGGAGGCUCUGCGGCGGGUGCUGGAGUGCUUGGCCUCAGGCAUUGUCAUGCCAGAUGGUUCUGGUAUUUAUGAUCCUUGUGAAAAAGAAGCCACUGAUGCUAUUGGGCAUCUAGACAGACAACAAAGGGAAGAUAUCACACAGAGUGCUCAGCACGCUCUGAGACUUGCUGCUUUUGGUCAGCUCCACAAAGUCUUGGGGAUGGAUCCCCUCCCUUCCAAAAUGCCCAAGAAACCAAAGAACGAGAACCCUGUUGAUUAUACUGUCCAGAUUCCUCCCAGUACAACGUAUGCUGUCACCCCCAUGAAGCGUCCCAUGGAGGAAGAUGGAGAAGAAAAAUCUCCCAGCAAAAAGAAAAAGAAGAUUCAGAAAAAAGGUAUUGAGCUAACAAGAGAGGAAAAGCUGGAACCUCCCCAGGCCAUGAACGCCCUGAUGAAACUAAACCAGUUAAAACCUGGCCUCCAGUACAAACUGGUGUCUCAGACUGGUCCUGUGCACGCUCCCAUCUUCACCAUGUCGGUGGAGAUUGAUGGCAGCACCUUCGAGGCCUCGGGGCCUUCCAAAAAGACAGCCAAGCUCCACGUGGCUGUCAAGGUGUUGCAAGACAUGGGGUUACCCACAGGGGUGGAAGGGAAAGACUCUGGGAAAGGAGAGGAGUCCGCGGAGGAGACGGAGCAGAAACCCGUGGUCGCCUCCCCCCCGCCUGUCGUGGAAGCAGUCAGCACACCCACUGCUGCCUCUCCCCCUGCAGAUCAGACCCCAGAGAACGUGAAGCAACAGGGACCAAUCCUGACAAAACAUGGGAAGAACCCCGUGAUGGAGCUGAACGAGAAGCGGCGCGGGCUGAAGUAUGAACUGAUCUCAGAGACAGGUGGCAGCCACGACAAACGCUUCGUGAUGGAGGUGGAGGUUGAUGGACAGAAGUUCCAAGGAGCUGGUUCCAACAAGAAGGUGGCCAAGGCCUACGCUGCUCUGGCCGCCCUGGAGAAGCUUUUUCCUGAUGCUCCCGUUGCCAUCGAGCAAAACAAGAAGAAAAGAACCCCCGUGCCUACCCGGGGAGGCCCCAAGUUCCCAGUCAAACAGCACAACCCAGGCUUUGGGAUGGGGGGGCCCAUGCACAACGAGGUCCCUCCUCCCCCCAACAUGCGCGGCCGGGGCCGAGGCGGCAACAUGCGGGGCCGGGGCCGAGGCCGGGGGGGAUUCGGUGGCAACCACGGGGGCUACAUGAACGCAGGUGGUGGGUAUGGGAGCUACGGUUACGGAGGGAACUCGGCGACAGCCGGCUACAGUGACUUUUUCACAGACUCCUACGGCUUUCAUGAUUUUGGGGCUUCCUAGAUCAUCUUAAAAAAUAAUAAAAAAAAAAAUUGCACACCCAAAACCAAACCCAAAAAACACCCCAAAAAAGCAACUUUUUACUCCAAUUCUCUCCAACUCCAACCCCCAAAGUGGCCGUGCUGUGUCCCACCCGUGGCUUUUCACCGCUGAAACUCUCUCAGCCUGCAGAACUUGAGACACUUUUUAUCCUCCUUUGCCUUUGAACUCCAUUCUCUUGAUGUACACGAUGAUCCCAGAAGGUUUUUUUGGUGAUUUUUGGUGAUUUCCUCCACUUUUUUUUUGCACAAAUCCCCAAGCUCUGUUCAGCAUGAAGCCAAAACCUCUGGUUUUUUUUUUUUUUUUUCUUUUGUUGUGGGAAGCAUUCCUUAUUUCUCAGAACCCUGCAGUGUUUUAAUCUACCUUUGCCUUAAUUUACAGCCAUUUUUUGGUACAAAAUCCCAGCUUUUUAAUCAAUCCCAGCCCUUGGUUUGACUCCUUGAUCCUGGGAAGACUUUUCUGACGUCCCUGGAAUCUUUUUUUGGGCUUAAAACUUUCUGACCCAAUGUAAUUUGUCAGGUUUUAAUCACUUUUCCUCCUGGCUGGUGGUUCCAGGGGGGUUUCUGAUUGUUCCUGCUCCAAUAAAUACCCAGGUCUUGGGAGGGAGUUGGGGAAUGUGGUUGAAAUUUGGGGGGGAAAGAAGAAAAACCCAUGUGGAUUUAUUGCUGAAGGUGGAAAUGAGAUUUAUUGGGCCAAGAAAAACAACAAAACAGACCCCAAACAUCAUUAUUUCCUGAAAAAUACCAAAAAUGAAAUCACCCCAGGAUCAGAAAUGGUGGAAAAUGUCCCUAAACUCCCAAGUCUUUGGUCCUUUGCUCUUUUUCCCAAACUUCCCUGGAUUUGUGGAGGGCUUGGGCUCCUUUGGGAGGUUCACAUCAACUCCUUCAUGACCAAAACACCAAGAAACCUCCCAGCUAUGAAGCACCAGGCUUAAAACAACCCAAGAAGAGACUUAAUAAUAGUGAUUUUUUUUAUUAUUAUUAUUAUUUUUUGGUGAGAUCAGGGUUUUUUUUUUAUCCCUAAAUCCUCUCCUGAAGGAGGGGGGAAACUUCCCCACCCUUUUUUAAGCAACAUGUUGUGGUCAACUCCUCGUGUGCUUGGAUGGUUCUGAGCUUUGGGAGAAGUGAGAAAAAAAGGAAUCAAGCAGAGUUAAAACUUGAAAAUUCCUGUGAAAUAUUGGCAAAAAAUGGGAAUUCCAGCAGAAAAACGUUCUGCUGCCACCACAGCUGGAGAGGAAUCAGUGAUGGAGCCACCUGAGCUUCUGUGGAAGAGGAACCCAAAAGCUGCGUGCAAGACUUGGACAAGAAUGGCUGAAAUGACCCAAAACUACAAAAAGUAUGAAAAAAGGCCAAAAAAAAAAAAAAAAAAAAGAAAGAAAGACAGAAAAAGGAAGUGCCUUGAGGAGCUGCAGCUCUUCCCAACUCCCCCAGUCCUGGAACUCUGGAAGCCAAGGCCACCAGACUGCAGUUUCUGUCUCCUUUUUAACUCAGUUCUCCUCUUUUCCAGUGCUGUUUUUGUCCUCCCUCUCUUGGUCAGCAGUGAGGGGGUUUAGGGUGAUUUUUAGUGGUUUUUAGGCCUUGAAAUGAGGAUUUUGGGGAUAAAAAGUGUAGAGCUGAGGCUCUUCCUGCCAA